CCAAGUACUCGGCAAAGCAAUGGCAAUUUUCUUGUCAGUUUUCUAAAUAAAUUGUGUUUUUGUACCUUUUUACAAAAGUUUUCUACUUAAUGUCUAGUGUGUUACAAUUAGUGUGAUUGUGUAUUUUGACAAUAUGCCGUGAAUGAAUGAAAUAAAAGUUUUAUAAAUAUUGAAAAAAAGCAGUGAAAAUUUCGGAACUUCCAGGCACGAAUUCCACUUCAAAGUUGUUACAGGUAGCAUUCUGCGACGGUGGUAUUGAGUGCAGUGACGGGUGACGACGGAAAGGCGGGAAAGAGGGUUGUCAAUAUGACUCCUAUCUUCCUUGUCCUGUUGGUGGCGAUCGACCCAAUUAUCGCGCAAAAUGGUGAGAACAACAGCAAGUCUGGCAUCAUGUAUGUGUCACAACCUCCAAAUAUCCUGGUCAGCCCACUGUCGCAGCAGGUGAAGUCUGGUGGAAUAGCGAGUUUUUUCUGCAGGGCCGGCGGAACACCACCACCCCAAAUAUUCUGGCGCAAAAAUGGCAAAAAAGUUUCACAAUCACAAUCUCGAUAUCACGUUGAGCAAUAUCAGAAUGGUGCAAUACUGAGGAUCGAACCAGUGAGGCCAACGCGAGACAACGUCCUCUAUGAGUGUGUGGCCGAAAAUGGAGUCGGGGAUGCAGUGUCAGCGACCGCUCAACUCACCGUCUAUGAAGCUGAAAGUUUACCAACCGGAUUUCCAAUGAUUACACAGGCGCCCACAACCAAAGUAGUCGAAAUGGGACACCUUGCAACAUUAUCUUGCUCGGCAAUUGGAUCACCAUCGCCAAUAAUAUCUUGGGUGAGAAAUUCGGUGCCGAUUGAUACUUCAAAUCAACGUUACUCUGUUCUCGAGUCUGGAACGCUGCAAAUCACGAUGUCUGAAGUCAAGGACCAAGGAAAGUACGAAUGUGUGGCAAAUAACUCCGUUGGUACUGAAUAUUCCAAGUCAACUAUACUUUACGUUAAAGAACGUCGAGUACCGCCUCAAUUUUCAAUUCCUCCACCAACUGUGAUUGAAGUUAUGUUUGGUGCAACUUUAAAUUUGACGUGCGUUGCUUAUGGUGCGCCAAUGCCUUAUGUCAAAUGGAGAAAGGAACCUGAUACCGAUAUGACACCCGAUGACAAACUACCAGUCGGCAGAAAUGUCCUUAUUCAAAAUAAUAUUCAGGAAUCGGCAAACUUCACAUGCAUUGCAGCCAGUGAACUCGGUUUAAUUGAAUCCACAACAAUGGUCAAAGUUCAAUCUCUUCCUGGCCCACCGGAAAACGUUCAAGUGUCCGAUAUUACUGCAACAUCGGUGAAAUUAAUGUGGUCUUACAAGAGACCGGACGAACUACAAUAUUAUGUCAUUCAACACAAACCAAAGCAUGCAAAUCAAGCCUUCGCUGAAAUAUCUGGAAUCACGACAAUGUAUUAUCACGUGCGAAGUCUUAGUCCUUACACCGAGUAUGAAUUGUAUGUCAUUGCUGUCAACACCAUCGGUCGAGGUCCCCCGAGUGCCCCGGUGAUUGUCACCACUGGUGAAACAAGUGCCAAACCUGGUACAGCGCCACGUAAGGUCCAAGUUCGGCCUCUUAGUUCCAGUACAAUGGUUAUUCAGUGGGAUGAGCCAGAAACUCCAAAUGGUCAAGUAACAGGUUACAAGGUGUAUUACACGACGGAUCCAGAUCAACCAAUGGCAUCGUGGCAAUCGCAAAUGGUUGAUAAUAAUCAAUUGACGACAAUUGCCGAUCUCACGCCACAUACAAUUUACACCAUAACUGUGCAAGCUCUCACGAGCGUUGGACCUGGUCCCGUUAGUCCUUGGGUGCAAAUAAAAACACAACAAGGGGUACCGAGCCAACCGGAAAAUUUACAGGCAGUGGAACUUGGGGAGACCAAAAUUACGCUCCAAUGGGACAAACCCGCCCAUAGCGCUGAAAAUAUUCUCAGCUAUGAGCUCUACUGGAACGAUACUUAUGCAAAGGAAAAGCAUCAUCGACGAAUAGCAGCGACAGAAAACUACACACUCACAGGACUGUAUCCAAAUACAUUGUAUUUUGUUUGGCUGGCAGCUCGUACACAAAGAGGAGAAGGUGCAACGACAACACCUUAUCCAGUUCGCACAAAGCAGUAUGUACCCGGGGCUCCGCCUCAGAAUGUAAGUGGAAGAGCAGUCAGCCCAACGUCAAUUUUGGUAUCAUGGGAUCCACCACCUGCUGAACAUACACAUGGAAGGAUUACAUACUACAAACUGCAGGCCGUUGAGAGUGGACGUUCUGAUUCGGAAGCUCGACUUGUCACGCUCAACAAAACGCAAUUUUUGUUGGACGAACUGAAAAAAUGGACCGAAUAUCGAAUUUGGGUUGCUGCCGGAACGAGCGUAGGUGAUGGACCAUCAAGUCGUCCAUUGACUGUCAGAACUCACGAGGAUGUGCCAGGAGAUCCUCAGGAUGUGAGAGCAACGGCCAUUAAUUCUUCCUCCAUCCAUGUUGAAUGGAAGCCACCAAAAUCAAAGGACCAAAAUGGGGUCAUUCGAGGUUAUCACAUUCAUAUACAGGAAGUUAGUGAAAAGAAUAAAGAUCUUCUCAACGAGCCGAUGCAAAUUAACAUUCAAGAUCAAGGCAUUCGGGAAGCGAACAUAACGGGUCUUCAACCUGACACCAAAUACACAAUUCAAGUUGCUGCUCUGACAAGAAAAGGGGAUGGAAAUCGUUCAAGUCCUGUUGAAAUUAAAACUCCCGGUGGCGUUCCUCACCGACCGGAACUCACAAUAAAAUUAACACAUAGAGACGAUCCAGCAACAUUGGAAUUAAGUUGGGAUGAACCUAAGCAAACAUACGGGGAGUUGAAAAGCUACAGAGUCAAAUAUGGAAUAAAGGGACAAAGUCUCAGAGAAGUCAUUCUCCCAACGGAGCAGACAAAUUUCAAAAUAACUGACCUCAUUGAACGAGGUGUGGACUACGAAUUUCGAGUCGCUGGCAGGAAUGACAUUGGAUUUGGCCAGGAAGCUGUUCAAUAUUGGGCGAGUCCCGAAAGUGAACCAUCCGGACCGCCGACAAAUUUAUCGUUUCACUUUCAAACUCCCAACACAGUUUGCGUGACUUGGAGUGAGCCAUUGCAAAAGCACAAAAACGGUCGUAUCACCCAUUACGAUGUGCAAUUUCACAAGAAAAAUGAUCACAGUACAAUAAUUGAUCGUAACACAACAAAUACACGCGCCGUAUUCACAAAUCUCGAUGAAAACACCGAAUAUGUAUUUCACGUGAAAGCACACACACAACGUGGCAGUGGACCAUUCUCCGAGAAAAUUACCAUCGUCACCGAAAAGGACAUUGGCCGUGCCCCAAUGAACGUGAAAGCAGUCGCCACAACUGAAUCAAGCGUUGAAGUCUGGUGGGAACCAGUGCCAAAUCGUGGUAAAAUAAUUGGCUAUCAAAUAUUCUACACAAUGACGGCGGUCGCCGAUCUCGAUGAAUGGAAACAAAAAUCCGUUGGUCUCACCGAAUCGGCGGAUCUUGUGAAUUUAGAGAAAUACGCCGAGUAUGCGGUGGCAGUCGCAGCGCGCUAUAAAACUGGCAUUGGACGUCUCAGCGAUAAGAAAACAGUGAAAGUGAAACCAGACGAUGUGCCAUUAAAUUUACGAGCACCCGAGACGUCGACACAUUCAAUGACACUCUCAUGGACACCGCCAAUAAAAUUGAAUCCAGAGAAUUAUAAAAUUUCCUUCGAUGCUAUCAAGAGUUUUGUCGAUUCACAGGGACAGGGACGAACGCAAAUUGUACCGAGGAAGGAAAAAGUUUUGGAUCAUCGUCAAACAACGGAAAUUAUCGAUGAUCUCCAGCCAUUCACAACUUAUAAUGUUAAUGUGACGGCGGUGCCGCCCGAUGGUUCUUAUCGUCCACCGGCAAGAAUCACCGUCACAACACAAAUGGCAGCGCCAAAACCAAUGGUGAAACCUGAUUUUUAUGGUGUUUUUAAUGAUGAAAUUCAGGUGAUAUUGCCAUCGGCUAGCGAAGAAUAUGGACCCAUAUCACAUUCCUAUUUGGUUGUUGUUCCUGAAAAUUCGACUUUUUCGAAUAUUGAACCCGAUGCAUUGACUGAGGAUAUGAUUUCGGGGAAGAAUGCUAAAGAUAAAGAAAAUGCGCCUUAUAUUGCUGCUAAAUUCCCACAGAGAUCAACUCCCUAUACUUUCUAUUUAGGCAAUACAGACACUUACGAUGGAUAUACGAAUAAAAAAUUGGAUAAGAACAAGAGGUACAGGGUAUUUGUGAGGGCAGUUGUCGACACUCCAAGAAGGCAUCUUUACACGUCGUCACCAUUCUCGGAAUACUUGUCGCUAAACAUGAGGAAAGUACCUCCUGGUGAUCCUCCCCGUCGACCAUCAAAUAUAGACAAUCCUGGCGAAGGGAAUCCAGAAGUUUCGGUGAAAACGAGCGGUCAAGAACCUGGGAUGGUUUGGGUGAUUGGUCCAAUAAUUGCCGCCUUAAUGGUCUGCGUGUGUCUCGUUCUUCUCUUCGUUGUCAAACAUCGAAGACAACCGUGCAAAACACCAGAUCAAGCGGCAGUCACGCGACCAUUAAUGGCAGCCGAUAUGAGUUCAAAUCCAGCGCCCUCGGACCCAGUGGAAAUGCGUCGAUUAAAUUUCCAAACACCCGGCAUGAUCUCACAUCCACCAAUUCCAAUAAGCGAAUUGGGCAAUCAUAUUGAACGACUGAAGGCGAAUGACAAUCUUAAAUUCAGCCAGGAAUACGAAUCAAUAGAACCUGGUCAACAAUUCACAUGGGAUCAUUCAAACAUGGAGGUGAACACAUCGAAAAAUCGUUACGCAAACGUCAUUGCUUACGAUCAUUCACGAGUUAUUCUUCAAACAAUUGACGGCAUUCCCGGCUCGGAUUACAUCAAUGCAAACUAUUGCGAUGGCUAUCGUAAACAAAAUGCCUACGUUGCAACGCAAGGUCCGCUGCAGGAGACAUUCGCCGAUUUUUGGCGAAUGUGCUGGGAAUUACGUUCGAGUACAAUAGUAAUGAUGACAAAACUCGAGGAGAGAACAAGAAUAAAAUGCGAUCAAUAUUGGCCAACAAGAGGCGCUGAAACUUACGGACAAAUGACAGUUUCGAUAAGUGAUGUACAAGAACUAGCGACUUAUUGUAUCAGAACAUUUCAAAUUUGUCGCAAUGGUUAUUCAGAGCGUAGGGAAAUUAAGCAAUUGCAAUUUACAGCGUGGCCCGAUCACGGUGUACCAGAGCAUCCGGCGCCUUUCCUUCAAUUUUUACGACGAGUCAAAGCACUCAAUCCAUCGGACAGUGGGCCAAUGGUUGUGCAUUGUAGCGCCGGCGUUGGACGCACCGGCUGCUUCAUUGUGAUUGAUUCCAUGCUCGAGAGAAUUAAGCACGAGAAAAUGAUUGAUAUUUAUGGCCACGUGACAUGCCUUCGAGCGCAAAGGAAUUAUAUGGUACAAACGGAGGAUCAGUAUAUUUUCAUUCACGACGCAUUACUCGAGGCCGUUAUUUGUGGCAAUACAGAAGUGCCGGCGAGAAAUUUACAUUCGCACAUACAAAAAUUAAUGCAACCCGAAAUUGACAUUAUCACGGGGAUGGAAUUAGAAUUUAAAAAACUCUCCAACAUAAAGGCGGACUCGACAAGAUUUAUAUCGGCCAAUUUACCAUGUAACAAGCAUAAAAAUCGAUUGGUCCACAUUUUGCCUUAUGAAUGCACUCGUGUUUGUCUACAGCCACAGCGUAAUAUUGAGGGUUCAGAUUAUAUCAAUGCGAGUUUAAUUGAUGGCUAUCGUUAUCGUAGCGCUUACAUUGCCACUCAGGGUCCAUUAAAGGAUACAACAGACGAUUUUUGGCGAAUGCUUUGGGAGCAUAAUUCAACGAUUGUCGUGAUGUUGAUUAAAUUAAAGGAAAUGGGAAGGGAGAAAUGCCAUCAGUAUUGGCCGUCCGAUAGAUCGAUUCGAUAUCAAUGUUUUGUUGUUGAUCCAAUUGCCGAAUAUAAUAUGCCACAAUAUAUUUUACGUGAAUUUAAAGUCACUGACGCUAGGGAUGGAGCGAGUCGUACAGUGAGGCAAUUUCAAUUUUUCGAUUGGCCCGAGCAAGGUGUUCCAAAAUCAGGCGAUGGAUUUAUUGACUUUAUUGGUCAAGUGCAUAAAACAAAGGAGCAAUUUGGACAGGAUGGUCCAAUCACUGUACAUUGUAGUGCGGGCGUUGGUAGAACUGGCGUUUUCAUUACACUCAGUAUCGUUUUAGAAAGAAUGCAGUACGAAGGUGUUGUCGAUAUUUUCCAAACUGUUAGAAUAUUACGUACCCAACGUCCAGCAAUGGUGCAAACAGAGGAUCAAUACCAAUUCUGCUAUCGUGCCAGUCUGGAAUAUUUAGGUUCUUUCGAUCACUACGCCAACUGACAAGCGGAAAUUCGCGAGACUAGGGAGGUGCCAAGGGAUCGUGGCGAGAGAAGAACACGAGACAUCGGAGAUAGAGCAAAAGUACGACGGGUUUAAAUUUCGUAAGAUGAAUUUGCUGUCUUUUCCUCUAUAUGAACAAAGCCAGUCAAUAUCGUCUUUUAAGAAGUUAUUUAUAUUAAAAAAAAAAAAGCGUUGCUAGAUUCCAAAAAAAAGGGAAACGACUGCCGACAAU